CACAAUCACAGUGUUAUUCAAAUAACCAGUUACAUAUAUUAUUUACUUGUCAAAGUUUUUUUGAGAACUCAUUCAUAGAUUUCAUUUUAUUCUGUUAAUUUAUUUAACGUUGUUACUUAUAAGACAGCUUUUUUUUUAAAAAAUCAGAAGCACUCUGCUGAAAGUUGGCGACACAAUUUCUGUCAAAAACAAAAUUACGAAACGCAAUGUCCACACUUGAACCUCCCGUCUGGCUGAACAAGGCAUUUUUGGAAUCGUCACUACGCGCUGGAUACGACGACACGCUCAGCAUUGGUAACUACGAUAUAAAGACGGCCACUGCUAAGGGCGACAACUACACAAGCACUAUGUACAGAGUAACCGUGGAAACCACGGGAAACAAAACGUUCUCUGUUCUCAUCAAGUAUCUGCUGGAGGCGGGCAAAUCUGGCGACAUGCUACGCCAGAGCACGGCCCACUUAAGAGAGGCCACUAUGUUGUCUGUUAUGCUUCCGAAGAUGACAGCGCUUUUGCAAGAUGCAAUGCCAGAAAAGUUCGAGCCGUUUGGUCCUCAGUUCUUUUUCUCCAGAGAAGGACUGCUGAUAAUGGAGGACCUGUCGCCAUUAGGAUUUAAGAUGGCAAAACGACAGAAGGGACUGGACCUCUCACAUUGCCUGUUGGUGAUGAGAAAACUCGGAAGAUUUCAUGCAACAUCCGUACUUAUACAUCAGCAGGACCCAGACUCCAUGGCGAACUUCCAAACAAAUUUGUUUAUUGAACAUAACAACGGAAACUUUUCUAAACUAUUCGCAGGUCUCCUUAGAAACGCGGCGGAUGAAGUGGAAACGUGGCCAGAGUCAUCGCAGUAUGCGGGGAAGAUCCGCGCUUACGCUGAGGACAUAGUGGGUUGCCUACGCAGAGUGACGGCGAGGGACGACAGCGCGUUCAACGUGCUGAACCACGGAGACUUGUGGGUGAACAAUAUGUUGUUCAGGUACUCAAAAACCGGACAGCCUGAAUCGAUGUUAUUCGUGGACUAUCAGCUGUGUAACUACGCGUCUCCAGCCUUGGACCUCCAGUACUUCAUGAACACGAGUCCCACGGAUGAUGUGCGCAUGCGCCAUACAGAUACACUGCUGCAGGAAUACCACAGUGCGCUGUGUGACACUCUGACGGCAUUGGGGUACUCAAAGAAGAUGUUAACUCUAGACGAUCUUCGUGCAGAGUACGACAGCAAAGUGGUGAUGGGGAUGUUACAUGCAUGUACAUUGCUGCCCAUCGUUCUGUCCGAGUCAGACUCAGUUUUCGAUCUUGACCUCUCGCUAGAAGACGGGACUAAGCAACCGCUUUUCUUCAAGGGGACGGCGUUCAAGAACUGCCUUCAGAGGAUGCUGCCUCUGUUUGAGAAGCAGGGCGCGUUUCGACACCUGAUCUAAACACGUAAUGGGCACGCGCGAAUUUCAAUAAGCGAAAAAUAAGUCUUAUAUGCUUACUCCGUGAUCUUUAGGUUUCGAGAGUGUAAAGUAGUUGUAAGAAACAUGCACAGUCAUUAAAGUCAAUUACACGCAAGACCAUAACAGCAUAAAAGACAAGAAACCUGUAUAUUACUAAUUAACAAUU